AUGGCGGUUAAGAAACGCCGGCGGGCAGCGACGAGCCCAAUCGAGCGGGCCAACCAGAAGAACGACGAGGAUUUCAUCGCCUCGUAUCUGGCGCCAGGGGCCCCUCUGGCAGUGCCGUGGACCGCCCGCUGGACGCAUCCACAGACAGGUGCGGCCUACGAUGUCAGCCUAGCCCGGUCGGGCUGCGUGGGUGAGGCCGCGCUGGAGACGUGCUUCGCCCUGAUCGAGGAGACGAGCCGGAAAGACUACGACGGCUCGCAGCAGAAGUGGCAGCCGGCCGACAAGCGACGCGAGAUGCGAGAGGCGGACCUGCGGUAUAUUCUUGUGCAAGAGGUAAGGGGAGAAGAGGCAGAAGAAAAAGAAGGAGAAACAAAAGAAAGAAAAGGAGGACAAAAAGAAAAAGACCAAUCACAUCAACGCAUCCGCGGCUUCACAUCCCUGAUGCCUGCCUACGAAGAGGGCCAGCCAGUGGUCUACUGCUACGAGAUUCACCUCAAGCCAGAGCUGCAAGGAACAGGCCUGGCCGGCCUCCUGCUGGGCUUCCUCUACACCAUCGCCUACAACCUGCCGCUCAUCGCAAAGGUCAUGCUGACCUGCUUCCUGUCCAACGAGCGCGCCCUGCGCUUCUACCGCAAACAACACUUUGUCGUCGACCCCAUCGCUCCCGAGAUCCGCCAGCUACGAGGCAAGACUGUCGUGCCCGACUACACCAUUAUGAGCAAGGCCGUCAGGAGAUAG